CGGGGGUGCAGGCACCCAGGGACCACCCGUUCACCAUGCAGACUGUAGGAGGACAGACCCUGGCCGUGUUCACCGAGACCCAGUCAGAGUCAUCUAAGGGUAAGUAGUUCUGUGUGUAUCCCUCCGCCUCGGGGUAAGUAGUACUGUGUGUAUGUGUGUAUCCCUCCGCCUCAGGGUAAGUAGUACUGUGUGUAUCCCUCCGCCUCUCUCUCCUUCUCCAUCUCUCUCUCUGCCCCUUCCCGUCUCUCUCUGCCCCUUCCCGCCUCUCUCCAUCUCUCUCUGCCCCUUCCCAUCUCUCUCUCUGCCCCUUCCCGUCUCUCUCCAUCUCUCUCUGCCCCUUCCCGUCUCUCUCCAUCUCUCUCUGCCCCUUCCCGUCUCUCUCCAUCUCUCUCUCUGCCCCUUCCCGUCUCUCUCCAUCUCUCUCUCUGCCCCUUCCCAUCUCUCUCCAUCUCUCUCUGCCCCUUCCCAUCUCUCUCCAUCUCUCUCUCUGCCCCUUCCCAUCUCUCUCCAUCUCUCUCUGCCCCUUCCCAUCUCUCUCCAUCUCUCUCUCUGCCCCUUCCCAUCUCUCUCCAUCUCUCUCUGCCCCUUCCCAUCUCUCUCCAUCUCUCUCUCUGCCCCUUCCCAUCUCUCUCCAUCUCUCUCUGCCCCUUCCCAUCUCUCUCCAUCUCUCUCUCUGCCCCUUCCCGUCUCUCUCCAUCUCUCUCUGCCCCUUCCCAUCUCUCUCCAUCUCUCUCUGCCCCUUCCCAUCUCUCUCUCUGCCCCUUCCCAUCUCUCUCUCUGCCCCUUCCCGUCUCUCUCUCUGCCCCUUCCCAUCUCUCUCCAUCUCUCUCUGCCCCUUCCCGUCUCUCUCUCUGCCCCUUCCCGUCUCUCUCCAUCUCUCUCUGCCCCUUCCCAUCUCUCUCCAUCUCUCUCUGCCCCUUCCCGUCUCUCUCUCUGCCCCUUCCCAUCUCUCUCCAUCUCUCUCUGCCCCUUCCCGUCUCUCUCCAUCUCUCUCUGCCCCUUCCCAUCUCUCUCCAUCUCUCUCUGCCCCUUCCCAUCUCUCUCUCUGCCCCUUCCCGUCUCUCUCUCUGCCCCUUCCCGUCUCUCUCUCUGCCCCUUCCCAUCUCUCUCCAUCUCUCUCUGCCCCUUCCCAUCUCUCUCCAUCUCUCUCUGCCCCUUCCCAUCUCUCUCUCUGCCCCUUCCCAUCUCUCUCUCUGCCCCUUCCCGUCUCUCUCUCUGCCCCUUCCCGUCUCUCUCUCUGCCCCUUCCCGUCUCUCUCUCUGCCCCUUCCCGUCUCUCUCUCUGCCCCUUCCCGUCUCUCUCUCUGCCCCUUCCCGUCUCUCUCUCUGCCCCUUCCCGUCUCUCUCUCUGCCCCUUCCCGUCUCUCUCUCUGCCCCUUCCCGUCUCUCUCUCUGCCCCUUCCCGUCUCUCUCUCUGCCCCUUCCCGUCUCUCUCUCUGCCCCUUCCCAUCUCUCUCCAUCUCUCUCUGCCCCUUCCCGUCUCUCUCCAUCUCUCUCUCUGCCCCUUCCCAUCUCUCUCCAUCUCUCUCUGCCUCUUCCCGUCUCUCUCUGCCCCUUCCCGUCUCUCUCUCUGCCCCUUCCCGUCUCUCUCUGCCUCUUCCCGUCUCUCUCUGCCUCUUCCCGUCUCUCUCCAUCUCUCUCUGCCUCUUCCUGUCUCUCUCUGCCCCUUCCCAUCUCUCUCUGCCCCUUCCCGUCUCUCUCCAUCUCUCUCUGCCCCUUCCCGUCUCUCUCCAUCUCUCUCUGCCCCUUCCCAUCUCUCUCUCUGCCCCUUCCCGUCUCUCUCUCUGCCCCUUCCCAUCUCUCUCUCUGCCCCUUCCCAUCUCUCUCCAUCUCUCUCUGCCCCUUCCCGUCUCUCUCCAUCUCUCUCUGCCCCUUCCCGUCUCUCUCUCUGCCCCUUCCCGCCUCUCUCCAUCUCUCUCUCUGCCCCUUCCCAUCUCUCUCCAUCUCUCUCUGCCCCUUCCCGUCUCUCUCUCUGCCCCUUCCCGCCUCUCUCCAUCUCUCUCUCUGCCCCUUCCCGCCUCUCUCCAUCUCUCUCUCUGCCCCUUCCCAUCUCUCUCCAUCUCUCUCUGCCCCUUCCCGUCUCUCUCUCUCUGCCCCUUCCCAUCUCUCUCUCUGCCCCUUCCCAUCUCUCUCCAUCUCUCUCUGCCCCUUCCCGUCUCUCUCUCUGCCCCUUCCCAUCUCUCUCUCUGCCCCUUCCCGUCUCUCUCUCUGCCCCUUCCCGUCUCUCUCUCUGCCCCUUCCCAUCUCUCUCCAUCUCUCUCUGCCCCUUCCCGUCUCUCUCCAUCUCUCUCUCUGCCCCUUCCCGUCUCUCUCUCUGCCCCUUCCCAUCUCUCUCUCUGCCCCUUCCCGUCUCUCUCUCUGCCCCUUCCCGUCUCUCUCUCUGCCCCUUCCCGUCUCUCUCUCUGCCCCUUCCCGUCUCUCUCUCUGCCCCUUCCCAUCUCUCUGCAUCUCUCUCUGCCCCUUCCCAUCUCUCUCCAUCUCUCUCUGCCUCUUCCCGUCUCUCUCCAUCUCUCUCUGCCCCUUCCCAUCUCUCUCUCUGCCCCUUCCCAUCUCUCUCCAUCUCUCUCUCUGCCCCUUCCCAUCUCUCUCCAUCUCUCUCUGCCCCUUCCCGUCUCUCUCCAUCUCUCUCUCUGCCCCUUCCCGUCUCUCUCCAUCUCUCUCUCUGCCCCUUCCCAUCUCUCUCCAUCUCUCUCUGCCCCUUCCCGUCUCUCUCCAUCUCUCUCUCUGCCCCUUCCCGUCUCUCUCCAUCUCUCUCUCUGCCCCUUCCCGUCUCUCUCCAUCUCUCUCUGCCCCUUCCCGCCUCUCUCCAUCUCUCUCUGCCCCUUCCCAUCUCUCUCCAUCUCUCUCUCUGCCCCUUCCCGUCUCUCUCCAUCUCUCUCUCUGCCCCUUCCCAUCUCUCUCCAUCUCUCUCUCUGCCCCUUCCCGUCUCUCUCCAUCUCUCUCUCUGCCCCUUCCCAUCUCUCUCCAUCUCUCUCUGCCCCUUCCCAUCUCUCUCCAUCUCUCUCUCUGCCCCUUCCCGUCUCUCUCCAUCUCUCUCUCUGCCCCUUCCCAUCUCUCUCCAUCUCUCUCUGCCCCUUCCCGUCUCUCUCCAUCUCUCUCUCUGCCCCUUCCCAUCUCUCUCCAUCUCUCUCUCUGCCCCUUCCCGUCUCUCUCCAUCUCUCUCUCUGCCCCUUCCCGUCUCUCUCUCUGCCCCUUCCCGUCUCUCUCUCUGCCCCUUCCCGUCUCUCUCUGCCCCUUCCCAUCUCUCUCCAUCUCUCUCUCUGCCCCUUCCCGUCUCUCUCCAUCUCUCUCUCUGCCCCUUCCCAUCUCUCUCCAUCUCUCUCUCUGCCCCUUCCCGUCUCUCUCCAUCUCUCUCUCUGCCCCUUCCCAUCUCUCUCCAUCUCUCUCUCUGCCCCUUCCCGUCUCUCUCCAUCUCUCUCUCUGCCCCUUCCCGUCUCUCUCUCUGCCCCUUCCCGUCUCUCUCUCUGCCCCUUCCCGUCUCUCUCUGCCCCUUCCCGUCUCUCUCCAUCUCUCUCUGCCCCUUCCCGUCUCUCUCUCUGCCCCUUCCCGUCUCUCUCCAUCUCUCUCUCUGCCCCUUCCCGUCUCUCUCUCUCUGCCCCUUCCCAUCUCUCUCUGCCCCUUCCCAUCUCUCUCCAUCUCUCUCUGCCUCUUCCCAUCUCUCUCCAUCUCUCUCUGCCCCUUCCCGUCUCUCUCCAUCUCUCUCUCUGCCCCUUCCCGUCUCUCUCCAUCUCUCUCUGCCCCUUCCCAUCUCUCUCCAUCUCUCUCUGCCCCUUCCCAUCUCUCUCCAUCUCUCUCUGCCCCUUCCCAUCUCUCUCCAUCUCUCUCUGCCCCUUCCCGUCUCUCUCUCUGCCCCUUCCCAUCUCUCUCUCUGCCCCUUCCCAUCUCUCUCCAUCUCUCUCUGCCCCUUCCCAUCUCUCUCCAUCUCUCUCUGCCCCUUCCCGCCUCUCUCCAUCUCUCUCUGCCCCUUCCCGCCUCUCUCCAUCUCUCUCUGCCCCUUCCCGUCUCUCUCCAUCUCUCUCUGCCCCUUCCCGUCUCUCUCCAUCUCUCUCUGCCCCUUCCCAUCUCUCUCCAUCUCUCUCUGCCCCUUCCCAUCUCUCUCCAUCUCUCUCUGCCCCUUCCCGUCUCUCUCUCUGCCCCUUCCCAUCUCUCUCUCUGCCCCUUCCCGUCUCUCUCUCUGCCUCUUCCCAUCUCUCUCCAUCUCUCUCUGCCCCUUCCCAUCUCUCUCUCUGCCUCUUCCCAUCUCUCUCCAUCUCUCUCUCUGCCUCUUCCCAUCUCUCUCCAUCUCUCUCUCUGCCCCUUCCCAUCUCUCUCCAUCUCUCUCUGCCCCUUCCCAUCUCUCUCCAUCUCUCUCUGCCCCUUCCCAUCUCUCUCCAUCUCUCUCUGCCCCUUCCCAUCUCUCUCCAUCUCUCUCUGCCCCUUCCCAUCUCUCUCCAUCUCUCUCUGCCCCUUCCCGUCUCUCUCUCUCUCUCUCUGCCCCUUCCCGUCUCUCUCCAUCUCUCUCUCUGCCCCUUCCCGUCUCUCUCCAUCUCUCUCUCUGCCCCUUCCCGUCUCUCUCCAUCUCUCUCUGCCCCUUCCCAUCUCUCUCCAUCUCUCUCUCUGCCUCUUCCCAUCUCUCUCCAUCUCUCUCUCUGCCCCUUCCCAUCUCUCUCCAUCUCUCUCUGCCCCUUCCCAUCUCUCUCCAUCUCUCUCUGCCCCUUCCCAUCUCUCUCCAUCUCUCUCUGCCCCUUCCCAUCUCUCUCCAUCUCUCUCUGCCCCUUCCCAUCUCUCUCCAUCUCUCUCUGCCCCUUCCCGUCUCUCUCUCUCUCUCUCUGCCCCUUCCCGUCUCUCUCCAUCUCUCUCUCUGCCCCUUCCCGUCUCUCUCCAUCUCUCUCUGCCCCUUCCCGUCUCUCUCCAUCUCUCUCUCUGCCCCUUCCCGUCUCUCUCCAUCUCUCUCUGCCCCUUCCCGUCUCUCUCCAUCUCUCUCUCUGCCCCUUCCCGUCUCUCUCCAUCUCUCUCUGCCCCUUCCCGUCUCUCUCCAUCUCUCUCUCUGCCCCUUCCCGUCUCUCUCCAUCUCUCUCUGCCCCUUCCCGUCUCUCUCCAUCUCUCUCUCUGCCCCUUCCCGUCUCUCUCCAUCUCUCUCUGCCCCUUCCCGUCUCUCUCCAUCUCUCUCUCUGCCCCUUCCCGUCUCUCUCCAUCUCUCUCUCUGCCCCUUCCCGUCUCUCUCCAUCUCUCUCUCUGCCCCUUCCCAUCUCUCUCCAUCUCUCUCUGCCCCUUCCCAUCUCUCUCCAUCUCUCUCUGCCCCUUCCCGUCUCUCUCCAUCUCUCUCUGCCCCUUCCCGUCUCUCUCCAUCUCUCUCUCUGCCCCUUCCCAUCUCUCUCCAUCUCUCUCUGCCCCUUCCCGUCUCUCUCCAUCUCUCUCUCUGCCCCUUCCCGUCUCUCUCCGUCUCUCUCUCUGCCCCUUCCCGCCUCUCUCCAUCUCUCUCUGCCUCUUCCCGUCUCUCUCCAUCUCUCUCUGCCCCUUCCCAUCUCUCUCUCUGCCCCUUCCCAUCUCUCUCCAUCUCUCUCUGCCUCUUCCCGUCUCUCUCCAUCUCUCUCUGCCCCUUCCCAUCUCUCUCUCUGCCCCUUCCCGCCUCUCUCCAUCUCUCUCUGCCUCUUCCCAUCUCUCUCCAUCUCUCUCUGCCCCUUCCCGUCUCUCUCCAUCUCUCUCUGCCCCUUCCCAUCUCUCUCCAUCUCUCUCUCUGCCCCUUCCCAUCUCUCUCCAUCUCUCUCUCUGCCCCUUCCCAUCUCUCUCCAUCUCUCUCUGCCCCUUCCCAUCUCUCUCCAUCUCUCUCUGCCCCUUCCCGUCUCUCUCCAUCUCUCUCUGCCCCUUCCCGUCUCUCUCCAUCUCUCUCUGCCCCUUCCCGUCUCUCUCCAUCUCUCUCUGCCCCUUCCCGUCUCUCUCCAUCUCUCUCUGCCCCUUCCCAUCUCUCUCCGUCUCUCUCUCUGCCCCUUCCCGUCUCUCUCCGUCUCUCUCUCUGCCCCUUCCCAUCUCUCUCCAUCUCUCUCUCUGCCCCUUCCCAUCUCUCUCCAUCUCUCUCUCUGCCCCUUCCCAUCUCUCUCCAUCUCUCUCUCUGCCCCUUCCCGUCUCUCUCCAUCUCUCUCUGCCCCUUCCCAUCUCUCUCUCUGCCCCUUCCCAUCUCUCUCUCUGCCCCUUCCCAUCUCUCUCUCUGCCCCUUCCCAUCUCUCUCUGCCCCUUCCCGUCUCUCUCCAUCUCUCUCUCUGCCCCUUCCCGUCUCUCUCCAUCUCUCUCUCUGCCCCUUCCCGUCUCUCUCCAUCUCUCUCUGCCCCUUCCCGUCUCUCUCCAUCUCUCUCUGCCCCUUCCCAUCUCUCUCCAUCUCUCUCUCUGCCCCUUCCCAUCUCUCUCCAUCUCUCUCUGCCCCUUCCCGUCUCUCUCCAUCUCUCUCUGCCCCUUCCCAUCUCUCUCCAUCUCUCUCUGCCCCUUCCCGUCUCUCUCUCUGCCCCUUCCCGUCUCUCUCUCUGCCCCUUCCCGUCUCUCUCCAUCUCUCUCUGCCCCUUCCCAUCUCUCUCCAUCUCUCUCUGCCCCUUCCCGUCUCUCUCUCUGCCCCUUCCCGUCUCUCUCUCUGCCCCUUCCCGUCUCUCUCCAUCUCUCUCUGCCCCUUCCCAUCUCUCUCCAUCUCUCUCUGCCCCUUCCCAUCUCUCUCUCUGCCCCUUCCCGUCUCUCUCCAUCUCUCUCUGCCCCUUCCCAUCUCUCUCCAUCUCUCUCUGCCCCUUCCCGUCUCUCUCUCUGCCCCUUCCCGUCUCUCUCUCUGCCCCUUCCCAUCUCUCUCCAUCUCUCUCUGCCCCUUCCCGUCUCUCUCUCUGCCCCUUCCCGUCUCUCUCUCUGCCCCUUCCCAUCUCUCUCCAUCUCUCUCUGCCCCUUCCCGUCUCUCUCCAUCUCUCUCUCUGCCCCUUCCCAUCUCUCUCCAUCUCUCUCUGCCCCUUCCCAUCUCUCUCCAUCUCUCUCUGCCCCUUCCCGUCUCUCUCCAUCUCUCUCUGCCCCUUCCCGUCUCUCUCCAUCUCUCUCUCUGCCCCUUCCCAUCUCUCUCCAUCUCUCUCUGCCCCUUCCCGUCUCUCUCCAUCUCUCUCUCUGCCCCUUCCCGUCUCUCUCCAUCUCUCUCUCUGCCCCUUCCCGUCUCUCUCCAUCUCUCUCUCUGCCCCUUCCCGUCUCUCUCCGUCUCUCUCUCUGCCCCUUCCCGUCUCUCUCUCUGCCCCUUCCCGCCUCUCUCCAUCUCUCUCUGCCUCUUCCCGUCUCUCUCCAUCUCUCUCUGCCUCUUCCCGUCUCUCUCCAUCUCUCUCUGCCCCUUCCCGUCUCUCUCCAUCUCUCUCUCUGCCCCUUCCCGUCUCUCUCCAUCUCUCUCUCUGCCCCUUCCCGUCUCUCUCCAUCUCUCUCUGCCCCUUCCCGUCUCUCUCCAUCUCUCUCUCUGCCCCUUCCCGUCUCUCUCCAUCUCUCUCUGCCCCUUCCCAUCUCUCUCCAUCUCUCUCUCUGCCCCUUCCCGUCUCUCUCCGUCUCUCUCUCUGCCCCUUCCCAUCUCUCUCCAUCUCUCUCUGCCCCUUCCCAUCUCUCUCUCUGCCCCUUCCCGUCUCUCUCCGUCUCUCUCUCUGCCCCUUCCCGUCUCUCUCUCUGCCCCUUCCCAUCUCUCUCUCUGCCCCUUCCCAUCUCUCUCUCUGCCCCUUCCCGUCUCUCUCCAUCUCUCUCUGCCCCUUCCCAUCUCUCUCCAUCUCUCUCUGCCCCUUCCCGUCUCUCUCUCUGCCCCUUCCCGUCUCUCUCUCUGCCCCUUCCCGUCUCUCUCUCUCUGCCCCUUCCCGUCUCUCUCUCUCUGCCCCUUCCCGUCUCUCUGUCUUUGUUGCGGGCUGCAUGUUUAAUUUCUGUUGCCACAGCAGAACAGAUGAAGGUCCUCUGCUUGUCUCAGUAACUCCGCUGGCUGUCUCUCUGCCCGGAUCAGUAACUCCGC